AUGCCAAUAAUUACAACAAGCACAUCCGCUGUUUCUUCUUGGUCGCCUUUGACACAAUUUGCUUAUGGAUUUGCUAUUUAUCCUUUUACUCCUGGUGCGCAAAACAAUUCUUCGUCAGAUUCUAUAAAAGAUGCUCAAAGCAUAAAUGAAUCGGUUGAUGGUGUUGUUGAUUUAAAAUCUAAUGAAAAAAAUGAUUUAAUUUCUAAAAAAGAUAAUAAAAUUGAUUCUGAUUCAAAUUCAAAUCAUAAAUUAGUAGAUCAUGAUUCUCAACCUGACAAUGAAAAGAACAAGGUGCUUGAAUAUCUUGAUGAUGUCAAAUUACAAGCUAACGAAUCAACAAAAUCUUUUAAUGAUGCUGCUUCACUUGAUUCUACUACUAGUAAUGAAAAUGAAAAACCUGCUUCUACUAAUGACAAUGAUGAUAAUGACAGACCUCCUCCACCACUACCUUCACUUGAAUGUGGUGAUGAUACAAUAAGUGGAAAGAAUGAACCUUUGAUAGAUGAAAUUUCAAGCGCAGUCAGAGAAUGGUGUAGUCUUUUACCUACUUAUUUGGAAGAAAGAAGAUACUCCAUGUUUAGAACUGUUAAAGAUCAAAUAAAUGAUUUAUUACAGGGUCGAAGGCAACUACUUGCUCAAACUUUAUCUCAAGAUGAACUGAGCAAGCUACGUAAAGAGCUUAUCAAUAAACUUGUUUCUGGUAACAUAAUUCAGGAUUUAGAUAUUAUUGUCAGGCAUCCCGAAAAAGGUUUUCUUGCUGAUGAAACAAAUGUAUCAGCUAUUCGUCUAUAUCAAUUGCAAGGUCAUUUAUCAAUUCUCAAUGCAGAAAAAUCAAAACAUGAUUCAUCGUUACCUUUCAAUAGCCCUACUAUUUUAAAUUCACCACCAAUAACAUCACCGUCACUCCCCGCUAUUUUACUGCAAAAUAAUUCCUCCUCUUCCACAACAAUACCAACAAUUGCCACUAAUGAUAGUGUUAGUCAUGCACCAAAGUUUUACCAUGUGUUUUUGGAUUUAAAAGCUUGGGUUGCUUCAAUUUCUGCUUUUGGUGAAUACACCGAAUUAUAUUUUUCUUUGUACACGAAAACAGAUUCAAGAUUUAUUACAGAAGAAUAUUGUAUUAUACUUAAUCAUAAUGGUGUACCAAAGGAUGAAUCAAAAAUUCAAAAAAUCAGAACAUUGUUUACUGAUCUUUCUCCUCAUGACAUUCAAGAUCAAGUUUUUCUUAUUUGUAGGAUCAUUCGUACAGGAAGCAUGAAAAUGGAAAACAAAGAUAAAGACUUUUCAAAAGACAGCAACUCUGUAAAAUCACCAUCAUCAUCCCUUUCUUCGCAAAAUAAUCUCAAUGGCAAUAAUAGCACCAAUAUAAGAUUAUCUCCACAAACUUUUCGUAGACCAUUUGGCUGUGCUAUACUUGAUAUAACUCAUUUGAUCCAAGGAAAAGAAAAAGAAUCUAUGAGUGAACACGUAAUGCAAAUCUAUGUGCCAACUCAAGGAUCUACUUUCGCUAUUUUGCAUGAAGACAUUAUUUAUAACCGUGUUAAAGAGUUUGAAAAAUCUCCAAGAGCAGAGAUGAUCAGUGUAUCAAUUCGUUCAUUUUAUGGUGAAGCUACAACAAUCAUCAAGGAAAAUACUGCUCUACUUCAAGAUAUCACUAUUACAUCUCGUCUUGGAUUUGCUGAUGUGGUAUUUCCAGGUGAUGUAAGGAACGAAAUUUAUCUUAAACUUUGGUCUGGUGAUUUCACACAGGGUAGAACCACAACUGCUAGAAAUAUUCAAGUAACAGCAGAAGUUAGAUUAAGUUCUGGCGAAGUUUUAAAAAAUGCCAUCUCUCAAGGAUCUGGUGAGCCACCUGUAACACAUUUUGAGUCUAUUGUUUUCUAUCAUUCAAACAAUCCAACUUGGGGUGAAUUUAUAAAAUUGACAAUUCCAUCUGCUUUAUUUGAGCAAGCCCAUGUUUUUUUAACUUUUAAACAUAGAACAACAAAAGAUAAAAAAGAAGAUAAGUUGUUUGCUUUUGGGUACUUGCCACUAUUUCCUGAGAAAAGAGCUUUCAUUAGUGAUGGAAAACAUACUUUGACUUUAUACAAAUAUGAUAAGCAACUAAUAAAUCCUCCAUCUUAUUUAAGUGUGCCCUGGUCAUCACUAGCCACAAUAGUUGAUACAGCCUCUGUACAUCUCACAAAUAAUCCUCAAAUGUCGUUACAUAAAUUGAUCUCCCCAUUAAAAGAUACAGCUGUAAUUUGGACUUAUUUAUGUUCUACAAAAUAUACACAGAAUGAAGUAUUACUCAAGCUAUUAAAUUGGGAAAAACAAUUAUUAUCAAAUGAAAAUGAGUUGAAGUCAGUUUUAAAAAAAUUUACUUUUGUUAGUGAGGUGGAAAUUGUUAAAUUUCUUCAAGAUAUUUUUGAUGCAUUAUUUGGUAUUUUGGUAUCAGCAAGGAACCAACAAGGAGAACUAGAUGAUUUGAUAUUUAAUGCAUUAGUAACUAUUCUUGGAAUAGUUUCUGACAGAAGAUUUAUGAAUUUUAAGCCUGUACUUGAUGUAUAUAUUGAAAAACAUUUUUCCUGCGCUGCUGCUUCAUCUCAUUUCAUCAGAUCAAUGAACCAUUUAGCCUCUAAUCCAACAGGUGUAGAAACUGCAAAAAAUCUACGUUCUGCUAUCAAAGUUUGGCAAUACAUUUUCAAAUUUAUCAUGAGAUCCAGGGAACUGCAAAGAACAAAAGAAACAGAUAUGGGUCUGUCAGGAAAUUAUGUUGAAGAACAAUUCAAAACUGAUCUUUUCUCUUUAUUUAAAAGUAUAGACAAAUUAAUGUCAAUUACCACACCACAAUCAAUAAUUGGUACUCAGGCAUUAGCCAUGCAACAUUUUGGUUCUAUUUUCACUGACCUUGGCAAAUGUUUCUCAUCUGAUGACCUAAUAUUGAUUGCAAUACGAUUUACUGAAUCGGUUCGGUUGCCUAAAGGUAAACUUUUAGCUUAUAAACUUUUGGUGAUUCUACAAUUUUGUCGCGGUCCAUUAUUUGAAAAUCCCGAGUCUAGAGCAACCCUAACACCUAGAGUGGUUGAAUGGCUUUCUGAUCAUAUGGGUAGAUGGGAAGUUACAAAUAAACAAACUAAUGAUUACGAAGCUGCGAGAUUACAAUGGCAAGAUGGUAUUAGGCUGUGUGUGUCUAUUUUGGCAGUUAUGUUGGAAAUCCUACAGAAUUCAAUUGAAAAGGCUUCAAAUGACAAAGAAUCAACUAAAAGAGAAAUUGAAAAUGUGAUGGUGCUUCUUCCAUUGUUGAUGAAACUCUGUGAAUCUUAUCGAGAAUUACAUAUUACUUCUUUUGAUGAACAUGAAAGUUUACAUCAUGAGCAAAAUCCCUUGUCUUCUUCAAAUUUAACAAAUCAUUCAGGGACACCAUCAACCAUAAAUUCAUAUAGAUACUCAAAAGAUUUUCCCUUUUUCCAAUCGUCAAAUAAAAUGUCUAGUGGUUUGGGUGAAAUAGCAACAGUUUUAUUACAAAUAAUAUAUUUAGUAUCACAAAAAAACAUGAAAGAGCAUCUUCUAUCAACUUAUUAUAGAGAAGGUCAUGAUUCUACAGCAGAAUUUCUGAUUAUUCUGUUCCAAGUUGCACGAUCAGUACUAAUAAAUGAUGCAUUUCCAAAAUCAUGGUUAAAUAUGAAUAUGAUAGCUCAUAAAACCUUUUUAAAAGUCCUUGAACCAAUAUCAAUAAUGAUGGAAAAAAAUUAUAUACCAGGUAAAGAAGCACCAAAUUCAUUUAAUGAAGAACUUUGGAGAGAAUAUUUCAAUUGUCUUUUGUGUCUGCUUACCAGUAGACAUCUAGUGAUUGAAGAUUUCACGCCACAAAAACGUCGUGCAAUAUGGAGGUUGGCAGGUGAUAUUCGUGGACAAGGAGCAAAAUUAUUAUCAACAUUAUGGAAUGCUAUUGGAUGGGAACAGGGUAAAGAAGGAAAAAUGGGUGGUUAUCAAGUUCGAUUCAUAAACACAUUAUUAGGCCCAAUGUUAGAAUUGUGUCUGUCUCAUCAUGAUGAGUUGCGUUCUGCUGCCACCACUGUUUUAUUCAGCAUGAUAGUAACACAAUAUAUGCUAGAAAAAGAUUUGAAACAAAUUGAAUCAGACAUUAUUGAUAUAUUUGAUAGACUUUUCAUGUCUGAAACUAAAGGUGAUGAAAUGUCUUGCUCAUAUUUUAUUGCACAAUUGAAAGGAUUAUUUGAAGAAUCUUUGGUCGAUAUGGAUUUAAGAGACGCAAUGAUAAAGUUCUUGGAUUCUUUGAAUGAAUUUUUAGAACUUUUACUUGGCGUUCGUGAAUUACCCGAGGGUGAAGAAUUCCAGGAUGAUCGAAUUAUGUGUACACUCAAACUUAUGAAAUUCAUAAAAACUAUUGAAAGGAAUCAGAUUUAUAUCAAAUAUGUGCAUCAGCUUGUUCAAAUGCAAAUCAACAGUCAUAAUUUUGUUGAGGCAGCAUUAACACUAAAAUUACAUUCAGAUUUAUACAACUGGGAUCCAAAUAUUGAAGUGGAAGCAUUACCUGAAUUAAAUUUUCCUAAACAAUCAGCUUUUGAUAGAAAGGAAAGAUUAUAUCUUCAAAUAUUGGGUUAUUUUGUUAAGGGAAAGGCUUGGGAAUAUGGUAUAGAAAUAUGCAAAGAGCUGGCCAAACAAUUUGAGUGUACCACAUUUGAAUAUCAACGUUUAAGCAAUAUACUUAAACAACAAGCUGUACUUCAUGAGAACAUUAUAAUGAAGGAACGCUAUUUCAGUGAGUACUUUAGAGUUGGAUUUUAUGGUAGAGGAUUUCCAGCUAGUUUACAAAAUCGACAAUUUAUUUAUCGUGGUUUUGAAUGGGAAAAGAUUGGUGCAUUUUGCGAACGUAUGCAGAACAAACACACACAAGCUCAACUACUUAAAUCAAAUAGCCCUCCAACUGAUGACAUUCUUCAUGGAGAUGGUCAAUUCCUUCAGGUGACAGCCGUAAAACCAGAGCCUAAUAAAGAUCUCCCUGUAUUUAAAGGAGAUGUUCCAUCAUCUAUUCGCUCCUAUUAUGAGUAUAAUUCUGUAGACACAUUUAGUUUCUCCAGACCUGUGAAUAAGAAUCCUAAUGGCAUUAAAUCUGGCAAUGAAUUCUUGGAUUUAUGGACAGAAAAAACCAUUUUAAUUUCUAAAGACCAUUUUCCAACUGUUUUACGACGAUCUGAAGUGAUCAAAAUGACUGUGUUUGAAGUUUCGCCAAUUGAAAAUGCAGUGACUACAAUGAGAUCCAAGAAUAAAGAAUUAUUAAUUUUAGAAUCUAAAUAUAGAGCACUUCUUAAUUCAAAUAAUGUGGGAACUGCCAAGGUCAACACUAAUCCUUUAACAAUGUCACUAAAUGGAGCAGUGGAUGCACCUGUAAAUGGUGGUGUGCCCAUGUAUAAAAAGGCAUUUUUCGAUCCUGAAUUCAUAUCAACUAAUCCUGAUAAAGAAUCACUAGUAAGAGAUUUGAAAGAAUCAAUUGAUGAACAAGUUGAAAUUAUUUAUAGAUGUUUGCAAAUACACGAUUGCUUAGUGUCACAUGACAUGCGACCAUUACACGAGACUCUGUUUAAAUUUUUCCAUAAAAAUUUUGCUGAAGAAAUUAAAAGAUUAACAGAACGUAGAAAAGCAAAAGAAGGCGAAAAAUCAAAACAAAUAACAACAAAUGAUCAUCAGGUUAUAUCAACAAUUGUUUCGUCGCAAACUUCACCAUUUUUCCUACCGCCAUUAAAUGUCAAUAACCCUAAUCGGAUUCCAUCAUUUUACGCAAUUUCACAACUAAAUGGUGAACAAAUAUCACCUACAUCACCAAUUGGUACAUCACCAAUUGGUCCAUCAUCUUCAUCAUCAAUAAUUACUAGAGUUGCAGCAGCAAAAGCAAAUUUUAAUUCAUCUAGUCCUAAUGGGUUUACACUUUCAGAUGCUUUAAUGAUUGAAAAAAGAAAAGUCACACCAGAAAGGAAAAAAUCGUUGAUAUCUGCUGAGAGAAGAAUGACACUCAGAGGGUGGUCGUUUAAUAGGAAUAGAAGUUCAACUAAUUAA